UGUCGCUAGGGCCGACGGCGCCGGCCGCAACCGCCUGCGUCACACACGCGCCGAGGGGGAGUGCUGCCGAAACGGCGUUCCUACAUUCUCCGCUUUCACUGUCUGCGCCACGCCAAAGUUACCCUGUUCGGAGAAGAGUGGCCUAUCUACCGAUAUGAGCCAUAAGAACAUGGCGUAUUCUGGACCAACCACAUCAAAGGCUGAGGACACAGAUCCUUUUCCGCAAACCGGAAGUGUGCAGCAGGAGAGGAGGAAGCAGUCUGGGACUAUGACCAGCCUCAGUGCUGCCACACACGGCUUCCAAGGAAAGAGGUUUUCUUCUCCCGAAAUCAAAGUGACCACUCCCCAUCCCGUGGGACUCUUCACAAUAGAGCUCCCUGAGUCCAGGAAGGAGUCCAGGCUGGAGCCAUUCGAGCCUCAUGACCACAGGAAGGUAGCGCAUCCCACAACGAACAUGGAGACACUGUUCCACUUGCUGAAGGGCAGUCUUGGAACUGGAAUCCUCGCCAUGCCGAACGCGUUCUACCGAGCAGGCUACGUGCUAGGGGCAGCGGGCACGCUGUUCAUAGGUGUCCUGUGCACGUACUGCAUCCACCAGCUGGUGAAGUGCGAGAUCGAGCUGUGUAGGAGGCGGAGAAUUGCCAGCCUCAAUUACCCCGACACAGCGUCGGCCGCCAUGGAGGACGGCCCUAGGGUGUUCCAGAAGUGCGCGCCUUACGCAGGUCACGUGGUCAACGCCUUCCUGAUCCUCUACCAGCUGGGUACUUGCUGUGUCUACGUCGUAUUUGUCUCCAGAAACAUUAAGGAGGUGGUGGACGAAUACCAUGAGACGAAGCUGGACGUGAGGCUCUACAUGGUGAUGCUGCUGCUGCCACUGAUUCUCAUCAACUGGGUGCGCAACCUCAAGCUUCUCGCGCCGUUCUCCACGCUGGCCAAUCUCCUUACGUUCAUCGGCUUUGGCAUCACCCUGUAUUACAUCUUGAAUGAUAUUCCAAAUAUCUCGACCAGAAAUCCAAUUGGGGCGGUCAGAGACUUCCCCCUCUUCUUCGGAAUGGUGCUCUUCGCACUGGAAGCCAUCGGCGUGAUCCUGCCGCUGGAGAAUAAUAUGAAGACGCCGAAAUCGUUCGGUGGCACGUUUGGGGUGCUCAACAGAGCUAUGCUGCUCAUCAUCACCCUGUACGUGGGGAUGGGAUUCUUUGGGUAUAUCAAGUACGGCUCGGGGGCCCUCGGCAGCAUCACCCUCAAUCUACCGGCUGACGAAAUCCUGGCGCAGAGCGUGAGGGUGAUCCUGGCAAUCGCAAUAUUCGUGACACACGGCCUGCAGUGCUACGUCGCCGUGGACAUCACGUGGAACCACUACCUGCUCACGAAAUUUCAGAAACACUCACACAAGUUUGUCCUGGAAUAUGUCGUCAGGACCUGCCUCGUGUUGGUCACAUUCUUGCUGGCCGUGGCUAUUCCGAACCUGGAGCUAUUCAUCUCUCUGUUUGGGGCGCUGUGUCUCUCUGCGCUGGGCAUCGCCUUUCCGGCAAUAAUAGAAACCUCCACGCUCUGGUACAGCCUCAAGACGACCAGCAGUUUCUGCAGAAUGCUGGCCCGCAACACCUUCCUCGUGGCCUUCAGUCUGUUCGGCCUUGUAGUAGGCACCUACACCAGCCUCUCGGGCAUCAUUCACACCUUCUUCACGUAAACACUCGACACGUGUGGGCUCAGAUUACAUGAUUAUCGAAAAGAGUUCAUUUUGUCGAGAAUACUGUGACUCUACAUCCGGUAGGAAGUAAUCAGUAAAUGCAAGGUCCUUGAUGUUGAGAGAUGUGUCUCUUGUGGAAGAUACUGUGACUCUACAUCCGGUAGAAAGUGAUCAGUUAAUGCAAGGUCCUUGAUGUUGAGAGAUGUGUCUCUUGUGGAAGAUACUGUGACUCUACAUCCGGUAGGAAGUGAUCAGUUAAUGCAAGGUCCUUGACGUUGAGAGAUGUGUCUCUUGUGGAACAUACUGUGACUCUACAUCCGGUAGGAAGUGAUCAGUUAAUGCAAGGUCCUUGACGUUGAGAGAUGUGUCUCUUGUGGAACAUACCGUGACUCUACAUCCGGUAGGAAGUGAUCAGUUAAUGCAAGGUCCUUGACGUUGAGAGAUGUGUCUCUUGUGGAACAUACCGUGACUCUACAUCCGGUAGGAAGUGAUCAGUUAAUGCAAGGUCCAUGACGUUGAGAAAUGUGUCUCUUGUGGAAGAUACUGUGACUCCACAUCCGAUAGGAAGUGAUCAGUAAAUGCAAGGUCCUUGACGUUGAGAGAUGUGACUCUUGUGGAAGAUACUGUGACUACAUUCGUUAGGAAGUGAUCAGUUAAUGCAAGGCUCUUGACGUUGAGAGAUGUCUCUUGUGGAAGAUACUGUGACUCUACAUCCUCUAGGAAGUGAUAACUAAAUGCAAGGUCUUUGACGUUGAGAGAUGUGUCUCUUGUGGAAGAUACUGUGACUCUACAUCCGGUAGGAAGUGAUCAGUAAGUGCAAGGUACUUGACGUUGAGAGAUGUGUCUCUUGAGGAAGACACUGGGCCCACAUGUGGGAUUUGACAGGAACCAGAUUGUCACCGUUGCUAACGCACACUCAUUUUAUGCAGAAUAAGUAUUACUACUUAUGCGAACCAGAAAACCAAGCUUUAAAUUUAUGUUCAAAUAUGUUAUUGAAAUUACGGGUGGAGGUUGUAGAGGGCUUAGAGCCUCAGGAAUGUUGGGGAAGUCGAACCCUUGCUCAUGUAUUCCAGGACUAUUCACUGAUUAACGUGUAGUUUGUGUAAAUAGAUUAGUACAAAACAUGUUUAUAUCAACUACAAAACCGUCGGUUCCUAAAAUUUCAGGAACGUGAUGCAGUGUAGUUUGGUAGACAGGUACAAAAAUUUCAGACGAACUUGAUGCGUCCAUCUUAUACCCUAAGAAUUGAAGUAAUUGGUUUCUAUGAGACGCUAAUAAAUACCUAUCAAACGACAUGGCGUCACAACCGCUCCCAAAACUUCAAACUCAACUUAAAUAAGUUUCUACUGUACAGGUAGAAAUAUGUAAGAUUUGAGGUUUUCAUGGCGGUGACUAUGAAGAAUGACGUCUUCUUGGAUGUGGCACCGUGUAGAUCUAGUGUAAACCGACGUUUCGGAGGAACGUAUCACCUUCAUCUUCAGGGUAGAAAAAAUCGCUAGCGAGGUACCAGCGCCUGCAUCCACCUGCUCACGCUGGUUCCUCGCUCGACGAUUUUUCUACACUGAAGAUGGAGGCGAUACCUUCUUCCGAAACGUCGGUUUACACUAGAUCUACACACCGCUACUUCCCAGAAUACGGCAUUCUUCAGGUAGAAAUCUACCUCCAAUUUGAAUCCCUGUAUUCAUUUACUGCAUACCAAUGUAUCAACAGGUGCCAAGUCAACAGGGAGAUCGCGUCGUUUAUUAUGUAAGUUCAUGCUGUUUAUUUCCCCCAUUUUGUCCUGUAUUCCAUUUCAGUCCCACGUGUUAACGAACGAUACGUCGAGGCCAAAUUUAAGGCCAUCACCCACGAAUAACAAGCACAAAUGAUAAAUCGUAAACCGUCUCCCUUAUAUAAUGUAUAUCACACUUCAUAUAUACACAUAAAAACCUCAUUAUUGCUCACAGAAUAUACACGAUACACUGAAACAAAAGACUGUUCCCUCGUUCUUGACCUACUAUAUAACUCAUGCAAUGUGUAAACAUUUGACAAUUCGUUGCUACUGUGACCCUAGAUUAUGUAAUGACAGUGACAAAUCACGUAUUUAACAAAAUAUUACGGAGUGAGAACUCAUAUUUCGAUAAUCGACCAACGCCCUCCCCUCAUGGCAAACAAAGAACUAUUUGUUUUUCAUUCCUCCCUGUCCAUCCACUCCAAGUCGUCCAGACCGGCUCUGGGGUCCACCCAACCUCCUGUCCAAUGACUAUCGGGAGCUCUUUA